UAAGCAGCGGCGGGAUCUGCGCUGCCGCCGCACUCGCUGUCCCGUGCCGCUGCCCGCUAUGAGCUCCGCCACCGGUCCCGUCCGAGACCCUCCUCGGUACCUCAGCAGGGCGGAGGCUGAGGCCAUCGAGAAGGAGCUGCUGGAGGAUUACCGUUUCGGGCGGCAGCAGCUGAUUGAGAUCUGGGGACACGCCUGUGCCAUGGCUGUCACCAAGGCCUUCCCUCUGCCGUCGCUGCCGCGCAAGCAGCCAACGGUGCUGGUGGUCUGCGGCCCGGCGCAGAACGGAGCCAUUGGGCUGGUGUGCGCCCGGCACCUGCGCAUCUUCGACUACGAACCUACCAUCUUCUACCCCAAGCGCUCCCCGGACCCCCUGUACCGCGACUUCACCACCCAGUGCGAGAAGAUGGACAUCCCCUUCCUGUCCUACCUGCCCACCGAGGUGCAGCUGAUCAACGAUGCCUACAACGCGGUGGUGGACGCGGUGCUGGGCGCCGAGGCGGAGGCCAGCGAGGGGAGGGAGCCCUGCGCCGCCAUCCUGGCCACCCUCAAGCACGUCCGGAUCCCGAUCGUCAGCCUGGAUGUGCCCUCAGGGUGGGAUGUGGAAGCUGGCAGCAGUGGUGGCAUCAGCCCCGACGUCCUGGUGUCACUGUCGGCCCCCAAGCAGUGUGCCCGGCGCUUCCUGGGCCGCCAGCACUUCGUGGCUGGGCGCUUCCUCCCCUACGAUAUGCAGAAGAAGUUUGAGCUCAACCCCCCCGAGUACCCUGGCACCGAGUGCGUGGUGGCCCUGGCAGCACCCCGGGAAUAAA